UUCAACUUUAUUAUUCAAACAAAGACCAAAUAUGGUGGUCCAUUUACAGUUUCUACAUGCAUACAUGUUUCGUGGUUCUACCAUUAACAUUCACAUGAUUGUUCUCUAUAUAAGUCAUCUUAACCUCUUUCUUGUUCAUAUACUAACGCAGAGUAAUAAUUAAACCGACAGAAAAAAAAAAACCAAGAAAAUGGAAGCUAGAGUAAUUUCUUGCACUACUUCUGGAGACGACAGGGUCGUGAAGAUUGCUGUUCCGAAUCAUCAAGCGAUUGCCAAAUACAAAGCGGGAGAAAACGAAACGACCAUUGUUGUUUCCGAUGAUGCAUGCUCCGAGAAUGGUGUCAAAGAGAUUAAGAAGUGUUGCGAGAAGCUAGGUUACGUUUACGAAGGCAGACUCAACGAAGAAUACACUCGAACCAACACCGGACCCGGUUUGGUCUGAAAUUUUCAUAAUUUCAAUUUA